AGUAAGAAGACCUGUGUAGCCAUGGCUAGUUCUGACGUGAAACCAAAAUCAAUAAGUCGUGCCAAAAAAUGGUCAGAAGAGAUAGAAAAUCUGUACAGAUUUCAACAAGCAGGAUAUCGAGAUGAAAUUGAAUAUAAACAAGUGAAGCAAGUUUCUAUGGUAGAUCGUUGGCCAGAGACAGGAUAUGUGAAGAAGCUUCAGAGAAGGGACAAUACUUUCUAUUACUACAACAAACAGAGGGAGUGCGACGACAAGGAAGUCCACAAAGUGAAAAUUUAUGCUUACUAG